AUGCUUUUCAUCAUCUAUAGCACCAAUACUCAGACAAAGAAGUAUAUUGAAAGGGUGCUAAGAAAUAAGAUUCGAUCAGGCUGCAUUCAAGAACAGCUGCUCCAGAGUACAUUCUCUGUUCAUUACUUAGAAGUGGUUGGUGCCUUAGUGACCCAUAUCCGCAGUGGGAAUGAAGCUGAAGUUGAUACUGCCUUAGAUGUCCUCCUAGAGUUGGUAGUGUUAAACCCAUCUGCUAUGAUGAUGAAUGCUGUCUUUGUAAAGGGCAUUUUAGAUUAUCUGGAUAACAUAUCCCCUCAGCAAAUACGAAAACUCUUCAAUGUUCUCAGCACACUGGCAUUUAGUAAACAGAAUGAAGCCAGCAGCCACAUCCAGGAUGACAUGCACUUGGUGAUAAGAAAGCAGCUCUCUAGCACCAUAUUCAAGUACAAACUCAUUGGGAUUUUUGGUGCUGUCACCAUGGCUGGCAUCAUGGUGGCAGACAGAAGUGGAUCAUCUAGUUUGACCCAAGAGAGAGCCAACCUGAGUGAUGAGCAGGGCACACACGUGACCUCCUUGUUGCAGUUGGUUCAUUCCUGCAGUGAGCAGUCUCCUCAGGCCUCUGCACUUUACUAUGAUGAAUUUGCCAACCUGAUCCAACAUGAAAAGCUGGAUCCAAAAGCCCUGGAAUGGGUUGGGCAUACCAUCUGUAAUGAUUUCCAGGAUGCCUUCGUAGUGGACUCCUGUGUUGUUCCGGAAGGUGACUUUCCAUUUCCUGUGAAAGCACUGUACGGACUGGAAGAAUACGACACUCAGGAUGGGAUCGCCAUAAACCUCCUGCCGCUGCUGUUUUCUCAGGACUUUGCAAAAGAUGGGGGUCCGGUGACUUCACGGGAAUCAGGCCAAAAGUCAGCAUAGUUUUUCUUUCUAAAC